AUGUGGAGGAUCAGAAUAUUGAAUGAAGUUUAUAAAGUAAUUGAUUGUUCAGAUAUAAUAGCAUUUAUUUUAGAUUCAAGAAAUCCUUUAUUUACUAAAUGUGAUAAUAUAGAAAAAUAUUUAGAAAAAAAUUAUCCUACUAAAAAUAUAAUUUAUAUAUUAACAAAAUCUGAUUUAGUACCUAGUAUAAGUAUAGGUCUUAUAGGCUUUCCUAAUGUGGGAAAAUCAUCUAUUAUUAAUUCAUUAAGAACUAAAAAUAUUUGUAAUGUGGCACCUAUACCAGGUGAGACUAGAGUAUGA